AUGUCUAACGAUCGAAAUGAGCUGAAAGUCAAGCUUCCGGGGCUGCAAGUGUACUCGAAUGGCAACUUGACACGGUCUAGCUCAACCUUGAACUCUUUUCACUCAUUCCAGCAUCUUGGACCAAAUUCGACUUUACUUGCUAAUGCUCAACAUCCGCCAUAUAUUGAAUUGCACAACAAAAAACUUUCCGACUGGGGAAUUGAGUCAAUACACGAUAAUUCGCCUACGGUCGUAAGCUCAUCAGAAUUCAGUGUCCAGGACCAUAGCCCUUUUCUUGAAGAUGACUUUGACGAAGUGGGUAUUCCUAUGACAGGAUGCGAUGCAAAUCGAAAGUUUAGCUUCGAGAGAAUGAUGAUGAAAAUAUUUUCAGAAAGUCCGUUCGGUGCUCAAAAUUAUGCAGAAGAGUUUCAAUAUACGAUAGUUGCGUCGCAAUUGCUCACUGACUCAAUUCGCCCGCUAUGGAAUCCCCUACCGAAUCGUCCUGAACCACUGUUCUUCAAAAAGUGCACCGGCACCGGAUGGCGUGAGUCUAGCAGUGGACAACAAGUUUCAUGCAAGUACGGGAAGUUUGUCACCACAAAUAAAAAGCUCAUGCUGUACAGAACAAUGCCUUUUAUCCCCACCUUCGUGCUCGUUCGUCGGUGUUUAAUUCUCAUUGACAAAUCAAAUAUAGAUACAAAAAGCAGCAGAGUCAUCUUUUGUACCCUCUGUGUUGCUAUUUAUCUAGCAAUUCAGCAAGAGCUGUUCUUCUCGCAUUAUCCUAAGCAUUUGGCGCUCGUGACUUUGCGCAAUGUUGUGGAACAACUGCAAAUCUUGGAUAAGCUUCUACACCGCCUUCAUAUUCGGUACAAGGAGCUAACUAUUUAUAAACCCAUUGCAUUGAUACAGUCGCCACAAGUAUAUGAUGCAAACCUUGCUGUUAUCAAGGAUAUCCUAGCUGCAUCAUUGGAUAUGAUGUACUAUGAACUUAAAUCGAUAGCUGUUAAGCUGCUACCAAUACUGAGAAAUCAAGAAUUGUUUCGGUAUUGUGAAAUUUACGGGAUCAAUUUUGUGGACCUAUACUUUGCCGUCAACAGCGAAGCUAAUGACAUGAGUGACAAGGCAGCCAGGACUCAUUUGUUAAAAAAGUUUAUUUUGUGCUGCCUUUUGUCGAUUGAUCAAAGAGCUGAGGAGGAUUCUGAUGAGAAUGAGAAGGAGUACAACUAUACACUACGAAAGAUAUUUGCCGAAUUCGAACCCGCGGGUAGAAUCUCGGAAUCGAAACGAUCACACUCACGGCUUAAAAGACUCCAAGAAAUUUUUGAGCUACUGAGAACAUUAAUCUCCUUUCUCGAACAAUACAAAUCACUUCUUUCUGACAAUCUUGGACCUUCGAAGGCGAGUCACUCGUUAAAAGUACAACACAACCAAAAUCAUCGUAAUAAAACCACAUUGAACGAAUUGCGAGAUUUGCAAAACCUUAUAAUCACAGACUCUAGAUUAACAGAAGAGCAACUUUGCGCUUCAGUGCUAAAACAGUUGGGGACACUUACAAAAAUUUGGCAGAGCUCAGUUCAAGACAAAAAACGAAGCACUAUAGAAACUAGGAAGGAAAGACAUUGCAGUGGAUUACAAUUAAAUAUUGUCCAGUCUCCUUCAAUAGACAGCAGUGAAUUUUCCACGACUGGAAAUCUUGAUUUUGCUGAUAAACCCAUGUUGGCGUCCGAUAUUGAAUUCAAGCAAGUAGGAACAUCUGACUCAGAUUUCGAAUCGGAAAUAGAAGGAGACGCUAUGAAUACGGAAAAUGUUUACGUCGCGAAUGAAGAUAGCGAAAACAGAGAUGUGAUUAAUACGUUAACAGAUGAAGAGUUACGAAGGAAGCUUAACCAGCGAAUAAUGAGCCUAGCAAUGGAAAACAGGAAAGGUAAGCAAAAUUUAAGAACGAAGAAAAGCUUUGGACUGCUGGAUGGAUCCAAAGCAAUGAACAUUAAAGACAGGGGCCAGCCUGGAAGCCGGCCCUCAUAUAUGUCGAAACUCACCUCAGAAGAGAGUAUUCCUGUUUUGUAUGAACUUAAACAGAUGUUGCAAAAGAAGUAG